GACGCUAGAGCUAAAUGCGACGAAUAAAUCACCAACACCGUGAAUUCUGACCGUGGUUUCCGAAGGGACAGAUUAGCUGAUAGGUACACGCAGCAGAGCAGAAGCUUAGCUAAGAAGGACGUUUGCCGCAUCUGCAGGGCUUAUCUGCGUUACGGGACGACUUCCGUGGUAUGGAACUUGGGUGAGAGGUAUCUAGAUACCUAGGUGGGUACGUUGGGUACCUACUUGGAGGUAUUGUAGCUUAGGAGGUGCAUGUACCUUAUUGUAGCGGGACUUACAUACAAGAGGUACCUAGGUACGCAUGUACAAUACCGAGGUACUUCGAGGUGGAUACUAUAAGGUGGGUGCAGUAAGGGGGUGAUCGGCCAGUGGCUGCCUCUUUCUGGUGGGAGUCAAUGCUGUCUCAGCACGGGGCGCUCGCCCUAGAGCCGCUUGGGAAUCGCAAUAGGAGAGCGUGUAAGAGCGAGCGAGAAUUGGGAAAGAGGUGGGACAGUCCGGGACAAAUUAGUCUGGUAGAAUUAGAAGUGAAGGAAGAUACAUGAUGCCACUAUCUCCUCCUGCUCCCGCUCCUCCUCCCCUUCAUCCUCCUCUCCCUCCUCCGCCACACUGGGUACCGUCGCGCCCGUCCUCCUCCUCUGGGCAGCACCCAAAGCACCGACAACACCAUCAACAACAAAACCUGCCGACCGAUUCGCGCACACCCCCGAACGCAUCGCCCUCAGCCGUCGCGAAGAGCGACGCCGCCUCGCCUGCCGGCAAUUCCGCGUACAAUCGAAGGUCCAAUGGAGUCGGUGGUGAUGGGGAUGGAACAGCAACAACAGCAGCAACCACAGCAGCAACCACAGCACCAGCGGAAACAGGCCGGUCGAUUCAUCUGAGUAGCGUCGCGGCGCCUUCGAGCGGUGCAGGUGGCCCCAGCUCGGCAGCAGCUGCCCGCGGACGCGGCCCGAGAGACGAAGCGGCAACGACGACGACAGGGACGACAGCAGCCACUAUCGCAGGAACUGUAGCGGGGACUAUAGCAGGGACUAUAGCAGGGACUACAGCGGGGACUACAGCGGGAACAACAGCCGGAGGUGCGAUAGGGGCUACGACAGGGGCUGCGGCAGCCACGACGACGCCCACGACGACAGCAACGACCACAGUAACGACAGCCACGCCUGCGGCGACUGCCUCGACCCAGGCCGCCCCAAGCGGUGCUAGUGAAGGUCCAUCUCGCGCCGGUGUCCGACCGGGUCCCCGACCCCAUCUCCAUCUGGCUCCCCAUCUUGCUCCCCAUCUGACUCCCCCUCUGACUCCCCCCCAUCACCCUGCCCGGCCAGCUCCCACUUCUGAUACCCUCUCCCGUCCGGAUCUCCAUUCAACCUCUAACCACCGUUCCAACCCGGCUUUCACGUUCAAAUCCCACACCCGCUCCUAUUCGCAUCUCAACCCUGGUCCCCAUUCGAAUUCCGGUCUCAGACUCGCCCCCCACCACCCUCCACCGAGGACUUCGUCACUUCUCCCGCCGCCUCGCAGCGCCAAUAUCAGAACGGUAUCGCCCACCAUUCCUUCGCCCCUCGGUAGCAUUGGCCCCGCUAGCGACGGUUUCCGGAAUCUCAACCGCUGGUCUUCCUCCACUUCUUCGAGUCGAGCCUCCUACCGUCGAGAUCGGCGAAAUAACGAUUACCACUACCGUAGCUUAAGUGUCGGCUCCAGCGAAACGAACGCCUCGCAGCGAAGCCGACCGGCGCUGUCGACCUCUUCCGAGCUACCGAGCCUCCCCCCCAUCAUCUCCCUCUCGCCCCUUGACGCGCAUCCCGAAUCUCCUCCCCAUCUCUCUAGCCGCAUCGGCCUCGCCGUCGACGCCAUGUCUGAGAAGAAGAGCCACCCGAGAGGGCGCUCUUCCGCCGCGGCGAGAGGUAACGGUGAUUCGAUGAGGGUCAGAGACCGUGCCAGCAAGCCGUCCCAGAAAGCAAUGUUGUCCAAGGCCCUGGCACAGGCGAACGCCGCCGUUCAAUGGGACAACGAACAGAACUACGGCGCCGCUAGGGAGUCCUAUCUCGAAGCGUGUGAUCUGUUGCAGCAGGUUCUUGCUAGGACGAGUGGCGAGGAGGAUCAAAGGAAGUUGGAGGCCAUUCGCCUUACCUACGCUGGCCGAAUAGAAGAGCUAGAUGGGCUGGGCCCCGUAUAUGCGCAGAGUGACAAGGCCCUACCUGCACGGCCGGAGGGUGCCAACUAUCGUGACGUCCAACCCGAGCUGGCCGGCGCCGAGGGUUCUGCUGAGGGUACGGCAGUGGGGAGGAUAGGCAGGGGCGACUCCCCCAUCGGCUUUUCUGGUCGGCCGUCGCCGGAUCUGACGAACCUACCGGGAGAACCCUUUCGUUCCCGCUCCUCUCCGAACCCCGGCCUGGACCAGCGCCCCCUCCAAUCGUCCUUCUCAGCCUCUCAGACAAGGCGAAAUUUCGAACGGCCCUCGCUCAACCUGCCCCACUCGCAAGACACAGGGUUCGUGCCGGCCCCGUUGUCACCUCGAAGGCAACCAUCACCAGCGAACCCACCUACUCCGGAGCCCGUUGUGCGGCAGGAUUUCUCGUGGCCGCCUGACCGGCUCGCUGCGGAAAGUAGCUCUAGGAGCCAUAGGCGUAACCUUAGUCACGAAUCGGCGUCGUGGCUGGAUCCAAUUGACGAAUCGGGCGGCUCGGCUUCAUCCUCGGUGCACUCGAGGACCUCGUCCCUAGCGAUCAGGAGGAGACACCUCCGCCAUGCUAGCGGCAACACCGAGGCGGAGUUCGACGCUGCGUUGGAUGCCGCAGUGGAGGCUGCGUACGAUGACGGUUACGAACCAAUGGAUUCGUACGAGGUUUCUUACGACCGUGAGGGCAGCGCUGGCAACAACAAGGGUAACCACAGCGGCGCCAGCGCUGAUGUGGCGAGUGCAAUGCGGAAGGUGGAGCUCGCGAAGGAGAGGCUGCGACAAACCGAGCGCGAGGCUGCGAUAAAGCUGGCCCGUGAGCGAGAACAUCAGCGACAGUUGUCGUUGGAUCAGGAGUCGCACAACUUCGGCGGUGACUUUUUCGAUGCCAACGACUCCGACGAGGAAGAGCGCAUCUUAGACGAGAUAACCAAGCGGUAUGUGAUGGAAGAUGCGCCCUCCAACCACAGAUCCCAGCAUUCGCAGUCCAUAUUUCCCAGAGAAUCGGACUCUAGCAGCACCACCUCUCGCACCUGGCACGGUUCUGCCGGCUCGAACCCUCCGACGGCCACGACCGCGUUGUCCACGGUGACCGAGAUGCCGCCGCCGUCCCUUCACUCGCCACCGCAUCAGACUUCACCUACAUCUGGGGUGCGGAGCCGUCGCCUCUCCGGGCAGAACCCCAAACAACUCAAGAUUGAGACCUCGAAGCUAGGCCAGGCGCCGAACAUACCGCCAUCGGCCGCUACGUCUGGGCUUCAGUCGAAGAACCCCGGAGGUUUUAUAGCCCAGCAAAGGCAGGCGCUUUCUGCGACAUCGACGCGCCCGGGCCCCUUUUCCAUGCGCGCCCCCUCGUCACCGGUCAGAGGAGUCAACCCUGGUGAGGCAUUGGCCCCUCCAAGCCCACCGGCUACUCAGGCAGGCAUCCAGGAAUUCGAUGAAGGCCGGAUCGACUCUCCGACCUCUACCCGACCUGGCAUACGGAAGAACUUCUCGUCUUCUAGCCUCAAGUCCCUGAAAUCGCGUCAGUUCUCUGUUUCACACAUCGACGAUUCCGACCUGUCCCCCAACACCCCGCUAAGUCACCAAAUUUCGAACACCUCCAUCGCCCGGCAUCCCACGAUUCCCGCGCUACCUACACCUCUGGCGGCAGCUUUCCAUGAAAGGAUGACCGGCGGCUUCGGCGGACUACACCUCUUCGACUCGGACUUCCACUCUCCAACGUCCCAUUCGCCCAACCAACUUUACCACCACCACCACCUCCACAACAACCCCGACGUGCCAGUACCCCUAGAGCCGUGCCCGUCGGAUGCUAUGCUUAGACCGUUCUGGCUCAUGCGUGCCCUCUACCAGACGCUCGCCCACCCGCGCGGGGGGUAUAUAAGCAGUCGACUUUUCAUUCCUCGGGAUGCGUGGAAGGUGAAGGGCGUCAAGCUGCGUUCGUUGGAGGAUAAAAUAUCGCAGUGCGACCUCCUGACAGCUGCGCUGCUCAAACUCGCAAGGGUGGACAGUAAUGACGCGGAUGCCGUCCUGGAGGAGAUGCAGAGCCUCGAGAACAUCCUCGAAGCAGUUCAGAUCACGCUGUCGCGGAAACUCGGAAACGAAGUUGGCACCCAGGGGAUGAAUGGGCUCCGCGAUGGGGGGGACGUCGAGGUUGCUCCGCCGGUGCCUCGCAGCGCUAGUGUCAGCGGAAAGGGGGGUGCGUUCAGUUGGCGGAGGUUGAGAAAUAAAGGAUCGGCCGCCAAUAUGACCAGUGCCUAUGGCGGAAAGAGUAACAGCGGCGGAAGCAACGGUCCCAGCGUGGCUGAGCGAGAUGUCCCGACCUCAGUCGGCUCGAUACCGAGCCUACCCAUGACCAGCCAUCCCAGCAGUAAGCCGGCGAAACGAGACGUCGCAUCGGUAAGUUUCGACGGGCCGUACGCACACUAUAUGGCUAGUCUAGCGAGACUAUUUGAUGCUGCGCAGACGGUCGGUGAGUGCAUCAAUUCAUUUAACUACUUGGCUAUUUUGCCGCAGUCACGAAGCACCCCCACAUAUUUCCUCCCUUUCCUUUCCCUCCUCCCGUAGACAAGAUAGGAUGCUAACAGGCUCUAGAUCAAAUCGCUCGUCAAGUCGACGACCCUGGCCUGCGCCACGCGGAUAAGACUCAGGUCGGACUCGAGCUGUGCACUAGGCAUGCGGCCGAGUUCUUCGGAUUUUACAUUUGCCGCUUUGUACUAGCAGACCUCGCGAUGUUACUCGAUAAAUUUGUCAAGAGAGGCAGCGAAUGGGUCCUGAACUAGGCCCAGUCGGCUGUGCUGUUGGGAGAUGCCUCACCUCGGCUCUGACUUUAUCGUCGUUCUGGCAGUAGUGUCCCCCCUUCUCUACUUGUGCAUAUUUGAAUAUGGAGAAAGACUAUGCACUCCGAAGUCGGCUAGGGACAAUCA